UUUGUACUGCGAGCGAUGUCUACUUGUCGACGGUUAUUUCAAAUCGUUCAAAAAAGUUAAAAAUAAACUAGAAGCUAUUGCAGUGCACUCCUUGGAAAAAAGUUCUUCAACACGGUUAACAUGAACAAGUGCAGGUGUAAAGAGAACUCAGAGAAUCAUUCGUUAGAGACCCGGUCCGGCUGCAACAAUUGUGUUGGGAAGAUCACAUACAGUCAGGUGAUGAACAAGAUGGUGCCACCUCAGCCGACCAACUUCAAGAUGCCCAGUGUGCCCAUCGGCAAGCCUCUCCACAACAGUACCAAAGUCAACCAAAUCGUAGAGCAGCCCGUUCCUGCACGACCAGAAAUUCUGCCGAAAAAAGAUGACAAGAAGAAGUCGUGGUCAAUUUCCGACUUCGACUUGGGUCGUCCGCUGGGUAAAGGCAAGUUCGGAAACGUGUACUUAGCUCGUGAGAAGGAGUCCCGCUACGUCGUUGCAUUGAAAGUGCUUUUCAAAAGUCAGAUAUUGGAUUCAGAGAUCGAGCACCAGGUGCGGCGCGAGGUGGAGAUCCAGUGCCGCCUGCGUCAUCCCAACAUCCUGCGCAUGUACGGGUACUUCCACGAUGAGAGGAGGAUCUACUUGAUCCUAGAAUAUGCCAAGAAUGGUGCUCUGUACAAGCUUCUUAAGGAGCGAGACCGAUUUGAUGAGAGGACAGCGGCUGUCUACAUCCGAGACUUGACCAAAGCUCUUAUUUACUGCCAUUCAAAGAAAGUCAUACACAGAGAUAUCAAACCUGAAAAUUUGCUCAUAGGACACAAUGGAGAACUAAAAAUUGCUGAUUUUGGCUGGUCCGUGCACUCUCCAUCCUCUAGGCGCAUGACCUUAUGUGGAACACUGGACUAUUUGUCUCCUGAAAUGAUAGAAGGAAAACCACACAGCUAUGCUGUAGAUAUCUGGAGUUUGGGGGUUCUAUGCUACGAGCUACUGGUUGGCUUGCCUCCUUUUGAUGCUAAGGAUUCCCAUCAAACUUAUAAGAAAAUUCGCUAUGUCAUUAUUAAAUAUCCUGAUUUUAUCUCUGAAAAAGCAAAGGAUAUCAUGAGUAAACUGCUAGUUGUGAACCCGGAGCAACGCAUGCCACUGGCUCAAGUGCUGCAUCACCCCUGGAUACUGGAGAAUGCCCCGGAAGGCACCAAACCCACUCUGAUGGCAAGCAAUGAAGCUCAAUAGCUACUCAUUGGCCACAUCCACAGCUUUAUCUGCUGAUUGUGCCCAAUAUUAUGUAUUAUACUUAGUGCUUUUUAAAACAUGUGAAUGAUUGUAAAGAGACCUUAUAUUUUAAUUUAAUAAUUAUGAUGUGUUAUUAUUAGCUUAGUUGAUUUUGUAUAUUUCAUUUCUUUGUAGGUUUGUAUAGUUUGGAAUGGAAUAGUUUUAGACUUAUUAGUUUUAAUACCUUUACUAUGUUUAAUCAUGAAUAAAACCAGCUGAAUACUGCCAUUUUGCUAAUUCAUAGAGUAUAAAUUGUGAUGUUAGUAGAUUUUAACAAACUUUUAUAUGACUGAAGAACUUUUUAUUAGCCCUAAAACUACUAGUAAAUUACGCAAAUUAAAUUAAUGUCUACCUAUAUAAUUAUGUAAUAAUCUUAUCAUUAAUUCAUUCUAAUAAAAAUGCGUUUAUGACAA